UGUUUCUAUACCAGUCUAGUUUCUCCUCUAGGACAUGACAAUUGCCCAGAGUGCCUUUGGAGCAACACUGUAGCACUUCCAGCUCUCUUUACACCAAAAACACCACGAGAGAGGUCGAGGCAUAUGGAGAUCGCCAUGGGGGCCAUUGGCCCUCUCCUCCCGAAGCUCGGUGAGCUGCUCAUCGGCGAGCUCACCUUGGAGAAACAAGUGAGGAAAGGCAUCAAGUCUCUCGUGACAGAGCUGACAUUGAUGCAUGCCGCUCUCCGCAAGGUAGCAAAAGUGCCGGUGGAUCAGCUUGAAGAGGGGGUCAAGAUCUGGGCUGGAAAUAUCAAGGAUUUAUCCUACCAAAUGGAGGAAAUCAUUGAUGUUUUCAAGGUCCACGUGGAGAAUGGGGGCAAGCCAACCAACUCGAAGAACAGAGUUAAGAAGAUACUCAAGAAGGUCAAAAGGUUAUUCAAGAAUGGCAAGGAUCUCCAUCGGAUCUCUAAUGCUCUAGAAGAAGCGGUCCAACAAGCUAAGAAGUUGGCGGAGCUGCGUCAAAGGUAUGAGCAAGAGAUGCGGGAUACUAGUGUUGGUGCUAGUGUUGACCCCCGCAUGAUGGCCCUAUACACAGAUGUGACAGAGCUCGUCGGCAUUGAAGAAACACGAGAUGAGUUGAUCAACAUGUUGAUUGAAGGUGAUGAUUGGUUGAAGCAUCCAUUGAAGACGGUCUCUAUUGUCGGAUUUGGUGGUUUGGGCAAGACAACUCUUGCCAAAUCAGCAUAUGACCAGAUCAAAGGGCGAUUUGAUUGUUAUGCUUUUAUUUCGGUUUCUCAGAAUCCCGACAAGAAGAAAGUUUUCCAGAAUAUUCUCUAUGGACUUGACAAGAAGAAGUAUGGACACAUUCAUAGCAAAGAAUGGGAACAAAAUCAUCUGAUCGAUGAAAUCAUCGAAUUCCUUAACGGCAAGAGGUACCUCAUCGUAAUUGAUGACAUAUGGGAUAAAGAAGUCUGGAAAUUAAUCAAGUGUGCUUUCUCCAAGAAGAGUCCUGGAAGCCGACUAAUCACAACAACUCGUGUUGUUAGUGUCUCUGAAGCAUGUUGUUCUUCUAUGGAUGAUAUUUACAAAAUGAAACCACUUUCUGACGAUGUAUCAAGAACACUCUUCUAUAAAAGAGUAUUUUCUCAAGAGAAUGGGUGUCCUCAAGAAUUAGUGCAAGUAUCCAAAGACAUUUUGAAGAAAUGUGGUGGCAUACCAUUAGCUAUUAUUUCUAUAGCAAGUCUCCUGGCUAAUAAUAAUCAGAUAAAAACAAAGGACCAAUGGUAUACUUUGCUCAAUUCCAUUGGCCGUGGACUCACGGAAGAUCAAAGUUUGGAGGAGAUGAAAAAGAUAUUAUUAUUCAGCUAUUAUGAUCUACCCUCAUAUCUGAAACCUUGUUUAUUAUAUCUUAGCAUCUUCCCAGAAGAUCACGAGAUUAUGAGAGAUAGGCUGAUAUGGAGAUGGAUAUCCGAAGGUCUUGUUUACAGUGAUAGACAAGAAACUAGCUUAUAUGAGCUCGGUAAUAGCUACUUCAAUGAGCUAGUGAAUAGAAGUAUGAUCCAGCCGAUAGGCAUUGAUGUUGUAGGAAAUGUACAAGGUUGCCGUGUACAUGACAUGGUUCUUGACCUUAUAUGCUCAUUAUCAAGUGAAGAAAACUUUGUCACAAUACUAGAUAACAACAGAAGAAAAAUUCCUAACUCAGAGAUCAAGGUUCGCAGAUUGUCCAUUCAAAAUAGCAAGAUAGAUGUGGAUACCACUAGGAUGGAGCAUAUGAGAUCUCUUACUGUUUUCACAAGUGAUGUUGUUGGGAAAGUGUUGGAUAUUUCAAGUUUUCAAGUUCUGCGCGUGUUGGAUUUAGAAGGCUGUAAAAAUGUCUCGGAUGUUGGGUAUGUGGGGAAUCUGUUGCAUUUGAGGUACUUGGGGCUAAAAGGUACUCAUGUUAAGGACCUUCCCAAGGAAAUAGGGAAGCUGCAGUUUUUGCUUAUCUUGGACUUAAGAGGUUCUAAGAUAGAAGUACUGCCAUCGAGUGUUGUUCAACUAAGACGUCUAAUGUGCUUGUAUGUUGCUUAUGAUAUGAAGCUGCCAUCUGGAAUAGGUAACCUGACUUCCCUAGAAGUGCUAGAUGAGCUGGGGUUAUCUGACGUGGACCUUGAUUUUGUGAAAGAAUUGGGCCGUCUGACCAAGCUCAGGGUGCUCCGGCUUGACUGCGAUGAUUUUGAUGAGAGCCUGGGUAAAGCUUUGGAGGAAUCUAUUAGUAAUAUGCACAGACUGGACAGUCUAGAUGUAUAUGUCUCUGAUGGACUCAUCAAUUGCCUGAGCGAAGAUUGGGUGCCUCCUCCACAACUCCGUAGAUUGGCUUUCCGGUCAACUCAAAGUUGGUUCGGGACAUUGCCGUCAUGGAUUAAUCCUUCAUCGCUUCCUCUCCUCUCCUAUCUGGAUAUAACGUUGUUUGAAGUGCGAUCGGAGGUCAUCCAGCUUCUUGGGACUCUGCCUGCUCUUGUUUGUCUUCAGAUACUGGAUUGUUCUGUGUACAGAAAAGGGCAUGAGGUGGAAGCGCCGGUCCUUUCCUCUGGUGCGUUAUUCCCAUGUGCGACGGAGUGCCGCUUCUAUAGUAUUGGUGCCAUGCCAUCAAUGUUUCCACGAGGAGCAGCGCCAAGGCUUAAACACCUUGAGUUCACCUUACCAUCCAAGUGGAUCUCCCGUGAAAACUUUGAUUUGGGCAUGCGGCAUCUCCCUUCCCUCGAGCGAGUCAGGGUUCGUUUUAUCGAGGAGGGAGCUAGCCGUCAGGAGGUGGAUGAUGAAGCAAUGGCUGCGCUAAGGGCCGCAGCGGAGGACCACCCCAACCAUCCCGCCCUUUACAUCUGGUGACGCAUGCAAAGGGAAAGGCGGACCAAGCGAUUGAGGCUCGCGAGUUUCAGGCAGCCGGCCCGAGUGCUUAGGACGAUUCGUCGAAUCUUGCACCCAGGUAGCAUGAGCUAAUAAAUUUCGUCGACAUGGACUCAAUCGCGCGUGCCUUAAACUCCGGUGCCAUUUCUUUUUCAACCAAUACAGUCGAGCACACUGCGUUUGCCUUGUUGUUUGAUCUGUCUUUAUUCCGCACCGAGAUGAAGCUCUCAUUCUGUCCACCACCCAUGUCUGAAGUCUCUUCUUGCUUCCGUCAAUUCAACAACAAUCAAGUUUGUAGGGCGCCCCCUGCAUCUUGCCCUGAUGAACCAUUAGUUAUCAUGUAUUGAUGAUGUCUGGUUUGGAUGCUCUCCAGCAUUGUUCAUUACACUCCUUUAUUUGUAACAACUUUAUUUCAGACUCGAUGUUUAUUCCAGACUCGUAAACUGUAAUGUCAGAGUUCAGUUUGUAAUAUGGUCUGAAGUUUAUCUUCCAUCUGUCAUGUUGGCUUGAUCAAAUAAAUCGUGAACUGGAACUUGAAUUUGCAA